AUGGCUGUUUCGAGCGGGUUUGCAGGGGUCAAUUUCGAGACUCUUCUCAUCAGCAGCAGCGCAGCGACCGCCUCAUCAUCGUCGUUAUCUACGCCGAAUCAUAUUUGGGUUUUCUGCAAACCAGCUCGAACCAGAAGAAACAGCCUGGUUAAGAAAAAUGGUUGGGGUUCAUCGUCAAACCCUGCGAUCAGGUGCGAGAUUGCUGCGUCGGAUGUCUUGGUUCAGACCACUGACAAUUCCAAUUCGGCUUCUUCUUCCUCUUCUAGAUCUUCCAGUCUCUCUGCUCUCGAACUGCUCAAGACAUCUGCAGCUGACAGGUAUACUAAGGAAAGGAGCAGCAUUGUAGUCAUUGGGCUUAGUGUGCACACUACACCUGUUGAAAUGCGUGAAAAACUUGCCAUUCCUGAAGCAGAAUGGCCACGAGCUAUUGGGGAGCUUUGCAGUUUAAACCAUAUAGAAGAAGCUGCUGUUCUUAGUACCUGCAACAGGAUGGAGAUAUAUGUUGUUGCUCUAUCUCAGCACCGUGGAGUCAAAGAAGUGACUGAAUGGAUGUCAAAGAUAGCCCAGGGAGGCUUUCAGCGAAAUGGUCUGACCAGGGCUAUAGUUUGCUCAUGUGUUUAG